CUAAAACAAUCAGAUAUAUCGAACCUCUCAUCAGUUGCAAAUGGUCCUCGGAAGCGUGUCUUCCCGGCGAGAGGAGUGGAUGGUAAUGAAGAUGCAAAGGACAGCAGGGAGGUGACUGGGGCUCCCCACAAAGCGCCUGAGCUCAGCUUUGGAUGAGGCAGGGCUGGGGAGUGCUGUGAGCUGCCUGCCUCGGUGCCCUUUUGUUUGCCCGCAUUAGGCGGCUUCUGGUGGCAACAGUAGCAGCAGGGGCAAGGAUGCUCUUGGAUUCGCUCCGUGCUAUAUCUGGAUACACACAACAAAACCCACUGUAGGAAUCUUCAUUUCUCUGGAAAUGAACUAAAAAGUCUUCUUUUGUUGAGAUGUGAGCAAGGCUUGAAAGAAUUUUGUUCGCGUUUGUAUUAUUCCCAAGUAUUGUAUUCAGCACUGUUUUCCCCUAGAACAGAAAGCUACUGAAGUCUUCACUGGGAUCACCUUUGCACACUCUUUGUGUUCCGAUAGACUUUAAAAAGUGGCAGGAUUUCGGAAAGGUUAAAAGAAUGGCAAAUACGAUGUUUCAUGUUUUCUUGCGCUGUCUUAUUUGGGCAAUUCCUAUCAUCCACCUCAUGGCAGCAGGAGGAUCUGAAGACCACAGUAAGCCCCUUCAUAUUAAAAGAGUCCAGCAGCAGCCUGUGCAAGUCGAUCUGUCCGAAUCAGCUUUACUGCCUUGCAUAUUUUUACUGCGGCCUAAUUCCUCAUUAGUAUCAAGCUCUUCAUCUGAACCACCACGAAUCAAAUGGACCAAGAUUGUGUCCGAAUCAUCACAUAUAAGGGAAGUGCCAGUUCUUGUCGCCAAGGACAACACAAUUAAAAUUGGAAAACACUAUAGAGGUAGAGUGGACCUCCCAGGUUACGUACAUAAUCGUUAUAAUGCCACACUACUGAUGACUUCAUUAAGGAGCAGUGACUCUGGUAUUUACCGUUGUGAAGUGGUAGUGGGAAUUGAUGAUGAACAAGACACUGUGCCAUUAGAUGUUGUGGGUGUGGUGUUCCAUUAUCGGGCUUCAGGAAAUAGAUAUACACUGAACUUUGAGGAAGCCAAGCAAGCAUGUCAUGAAAACUCAGCAGUGUUGGCUACUCCUCAACAUCUGCAGGCUGCCUUUGAAGAGGGUUACGACAACUGUGAUGCUGGCUGGCUAUCUGAUCAGACAGUUAGGUAUCCUAUAACUUUACCAAGGCCAGGUUGCUAUGGAGACCAAAACAAUCUCCCAGGAGUUCGAAACUAUGGGGAUAGGAAGCCUGAAGAGCUAUAUGAUGUCUACUGUUAUGCUAGAGAACUUAAAGGUGAAAUAUUUUAUGAAUCAAAACCGGAAAAAUUUGACUUAAUGGAAGCAAAGAAGCAUUGUCAAGAAAGUGGGGCAACCCUGGCUACCACAGGCCAGUUGUAUUUAGCCUGGAGAAGGGGCUUGGACCAGUGUGACCCAGGCUGGCUAUCAGAUGGGAGUGUCCGUUACCCUAUCAACAUUCCAAGGAAGAAUUGUGGUGGUGAUGAGCCAAGUGUAAGGACCAUUUACCGAUUUCCCAAUCGAACUGGUUUUCCAGAUCCCAACUCAAAGUUUGGUGCAUACUGCUACAAAGACGUUUACCAGCAAUUGUCUGGUGUCCAGCUGACAGAAACAAAGCAGAAUGUGUCCUUGUUUUCAUUGACAACCUGGCCAGCACACUCAAAAUUAAGAAACCAAAAUGCUUUGGCACAAAACAAAGGCACAAAAGAACCUUCUGAAGAUGACCAACAUUUACAAGGAGUGGAUAACCUUAUUUUUGAACACAGUACAGAAUCAUCUACCUCAUCUAACAACAUGGACCAGAUUGAGGUCCUGAGCUCUGUGGGAUCUGGUGCCUCAGAAGAAACUUCUAUGGAUGCAUACCUCUCACCUUCAAAGGCAGUGUUUUCAUCUGUAAUGCAAGGAAAAGGACUUGAAGAAGCAAAAUCACCUGAAACUGAAAGGUCAGACCCACUACCUGUAGACCUUUCUGCUGAUGCAUUCACCACUGGACAUGAAACACCUGCUGAUGUGGAGAAAUUUAUUCAGGGCUCUCUAUAUAAAAGUAACUCAACCAAUGAAAUUGUAUCUUUUGACAAAAUAUCUGAGAAAAAGUCUUCAUCUCACUCCAGUGAACAGCACAAGAAAGAUCAGUUUGAUUUGCUUAAUGUAAUUAAUCAGAUAGUUGCUCCGAAUGGCUACAGCUUGCAGAAGGAUGAGCAGUCGGCAGAGUUAGAUGUCAUGGCCGAUUCAUCUGAGCUGUCUUAUAGCGCAACCUUAGCUUCUGGAACCGUUUUAUCCAGAAAGAAUCAUAGUCCAUUUCUCAAUAAGGCUGAAGUUUCUAAGAUAUCAACACAGAUGCCUACUUUGAACAUCAGUGAAAAAAUGGCAAAAGGAACAUUAUCAUAUCCUCCUAAAACUUUUAAAAACAGCGUAACAAGUUCAUUAUCACUGGUUUCCACAUUUGAAACAUCAAGCAGCAGUUCAGUAAUGCAGGCAGUAGUUCAGAAGGUGGGUGCACCAGAGGCAUUGGUCAUCGAGCCAGCAGUAUCCCCUACUAGCAGUAAAUCACUCAGUCAUAAAGAUGUUAAAACACCUCUGCCUUCAGAAAACAACAGCCAGAAAGAUCCUAGCAACAGUGCAUUUGUUACUCGUGGAUCCAUUGACCUCUUUACACAUGGAAAUGCAGCGAUGGUUAGCUAUACUGAUGAAGCCCCCAGUAAAAAGAGCACUGACCUCCAACAACAUGAGAAGAAUAAAGCAGUCGAAAAUGUAACAGGAGUCUCUAUUCCUCAACAGCGUCAUUUUACUCCACAAAAUUCGAUUCCAGCUGAUGAAUAUAGUAAUGGAUGGACUGCUUCUUAUGAAGUGAGAAGUUCAGUCCAUUCUUUGGCAAGUGAUAAAAGCACAUCUAAGAAACAAAAUGAACUAAAUACAGUGGGGAAUGAAGAAGCAGUGAUGAACUCAAAUGGAAAUAAGAUGUAUAUCAAACUGCAGACAGUGGAUACUCCAGUUUCAGAUGGAGCAUUUCAUCUUCAUCACAACACAAUGACACUUGCCCCUGCUGUCAUCUCCAGGCAGAGUACAACAGGAGCUCCAAUAACAGCUUUUCAAACAAAGACUUCACUUCCUAGGCUGUCUGUUGCUGAAAUGGAACCAGCAUUGAAUGCCAAGUCAGUCAACUCUCCAUCAAGCAAUAAAAUCCCUGAUGAAAAUAAACAAGUCAAAAAGGAAGUGCAGAGUUCACAUUUUAGUAGCCCAAGAGGUACGCAAAAUUUAGAAUUUUCUGGUGAUGAGCUUCCCAAUCUAUCUGCAGAGUUUUCUGUGUCAGUUAUGGCAAAAGACAUGAAGAAUAGUGGGCAACUGCAUAAUUCAUCCCUAUAUGACCUGAGCAUCCCAACAUUUCAAAAGAUGGUGGAAAAUGAAUUAAGGCUACCUUUGUCAGUCUCAAGCAAUGAUGAUAAUUUUUCAGGUGACGUGCACACUAUUGAUGAAAGUAUAUUACCUGUAGCCAUAACACAGGCAUCCAGACUUCAGGACACCCAUUUAGUUCCAACAGACAUUUCUGGAAUUACUGAACAGAGAGUAUCACAUGUAACAUCUGUUAAUUUAGGGCAUAAAAGGCACAAAAGUUCUGAAGUUGAAGUAGAAGGUAGUGGUGACACAGAAAAUCAGCUUUUACAGGAUGGGGGCACAAGUGCUACCUUUCAAGAAUCAUGGCAUAUAAUGCCUGAAUAUACCAAAGUCAGAAGGGAGAAAAUUCUUCUGGAAGACUUGACUACUACUCCAGAACUCAUUACUAGUAAUCAACAACAAGAUGGCAGAGCUGCUGGGCCUGUAAUUAAAGAUAGUUCUGGUAUGACAAUAACACCAGAAGAACAUAUCAGUAAAGAAAAAGAUGGCCUUUUUAUGGAAAUGAAGACACAAAAUGCUGAAAUCUUCACAGCAAGUCACAAAUUGGAUGACAGUCUGGCAGAAGUGAAAACCAAUGUGUCAGUUCCUUUGUUGAUGGAACCCGCUUUCCUGACACCUGAAUCUAACGUAAACAUGACAAGAAUAGCUUCAGUUGGAUACACACAAAUCCCGCCAGAGCCUUACAUUAAUACCAAAAAGUCAGAGAUUUUAAAUCUUGCAAAAGAGAGUGUAACACCUAUAGUGAUACAAGAGAAGCAGAAUUCAUUAAGUACAACUACACUAGGCCGAACAGAUGACACAGUUGCACCAUCAUCUCCAGCAAGUGAGUCUAAUACAAUUUCUUCUGUGCUAGAAAGUAGAGAGUUUACAGCUGUCUCCUUACAUACUCUGGAGCUGAGGAACUCUUUAGUGAGGAUACUUUGGGAAAGCUCUAAUGCAACAAUCACAAAAGAAAAGCAGUUGGCAACAGCAGAUGAAGUCAGUGAUUUUCAUUCUCUGCCUGUAACUGCUGAGCAUAUCAUAAGUACUGCAGUUGUUACAGAAUCUUCUGUAGAAAUUUCUAAUACAGAGAAGUUAAAUGCAUUAACACCUUCUGAAGAACAAGUCACUUCUGAGAACUUAGUACCUCGACUGACCACAACAGGUUACACUGAUACUGUAUUUGUAGAAACACCUCCACUGCUCAUAACUGUCCCAAAUGACCUGUCACAAAAUAAAACAGGACAAGUGGUAGUACAGGCAAAUCAAACAAAGGAUGCCCCAGAUGACCAUACUUAUAUGUUAUCAAGCACUUCUUCCCCCACAGACCUCUCUAAUGCUCAUAAUUCUCCUUUAAAAGUAGCAACUGAAAAGAUACAAUUAGUGGAAUUGGUUGAAUCAACAUUUAUAUCACCAGCUGUAAAAGAUAUGUUGAGCUUGGAAACUGAAGAUCCUUCUCAAAUUUAUUCUGAAGAAUACACUGGCAGUGGUGAGACCGCACAAAUAUUUAAAGAAGACCAUGUCAUACCAUGGGCGUUGGGGAUAAAUACUACAACAGCAGCUGUAUCUGAUCCCUGCGAGAAUAAUCCUUGUCUCCAUGGCGGCAUCUGUCAAUCAAAUGGAAGUGUAUUUGGCUGCACCUGUGACUCUGGCUUCACUGGAGAGAACUGUGAAAUAGAUAUUGACGAGUGUGAAUCCAACCCCUGCCAAAAUGGAGGUACCUGCAUAGAUGAGAUCAAUUACUUUGUGUGUCUUUGUUUGCCCAGUUAUGGAGGCAGUGCGUGUGAGAAAGAUACAGAAGGGUGUGAGCAUGGCUGGCAUAAAUUUCAGGGCCACUGUUACCGACAUUUUCCACAUCGACGCCGGUGGCAGGAAGCUGAGAAGGACUGUCGGGGUCAUGCAGCACAUCUCACAAGUAUCCAUUCAGAAGAGGAGCAGAAUUUUAUCAAUGAUUUAGGACGAGAGAAUGCAUGGAUUGGUCUCAACGAUCAAUUAGUAGAACAAGAUUUCCAGUGGACUGAUGGUGCUGCCCUGCAAUAUGAGAACUGGCAUGAAAACCAACCAGACAGUUUCUUUGCCAGUAAUGAAGACUGUGUUGUGAUCGUGGCACAUGAGAACGGAAAAUGGAAUGAUGUUCCGUGUAAUUACAACCUUCCCUAUGUCUGUAAAAAAGGCACAGUUCUCUGUGGACCACCUCCAACUGUGAAGAAUGCCUUCCCGAUUGGUCGGAGAAAACAGAAGUACAACAUCCAUUCCACUGUCCGCUACCAGUGUGAAGAUGGCUUUAUCCAAAGACAUAUUCCUACAAUUAAAUGUCGCAGCAAUGGAAAGUGGGACAGACCCAAAAUUCUCUGCACAACAUCAGGCAGAAGGUCACACAGAGCUCGAAGACACCACCAUCAGCAACAGCACCAUCAUCAUCAUCAUAAUCACCACCACAAUCACCACAAAUCAAGGAAGGAACGAAGAAAACACAGCAACCAUUUCAAGCCACACUGGUUGGAUAAUGGAAACUACUAUUAAAAAUUGUUAAACGGACUGCAUCCAAUAGAAAAGCAACUGGAUUUUUUUUUUUUUUUUUUUUUUUUUUAAACAAUGAGCAAUGGAGAAAGACAACAGGUACAAUCACUUAAGGGUGUGUCUCAGUUCAAAAGUAAAUUUGAAUUGAAGCGCAUGACUAUAGUGUUUUGGAAUAAUUAUGAUCACAUCUGAAUAUGCCUUUCAAUUAGAUAUUCCCUGACUCAAAAAAUUGUCCUAAAAAUAAGUAGUGAUACUUACAAUGUCCAUCUACCUGAAAAUGAACUGAACUGUCUUCAGGUAGCACUGUCUUCUCUACCUUAGCAUCCAGGGGAAACAGUUACCAAUGGGGAUGUGGCCCUAUCUUACUUUAUAAGAGCAUUUGCAAAAUAGAUAUUCUGCAUUUCAUUCACAGAUCAUGACAACAUUAAAGUAAGAGGAUGAAGGGUGAAGCUUAAAAUCUGGAUGAAUGGUGUAAAUGGAAAAUGUGAAGCAAGCCUUACCUUUAUGGUUAUUUUUCUUCAUUGGUUUAUAGCAAAGUCUAGAAAAUUAGUUCAUCCUUUCCAUCUUCUAUAUAAGCACACUAGCCAUUUAUAAUAUAAAAGUAAAUAUAACAAGGCAGUUGCUCUGUCUACAAUAUCAGAAGGUUACCAAAAAUAAAGAUACAUAAAAUUGUUAUGGGAGUAAUUUGACAGGCUGUCAGAAUACUCCUUUCAAGUGGAGAAAACUCCCAUAGUUCAUAUACCGUCUUACUGAUCUACAUUACAUGGGCCUUGGCCCUUAUGGGUUACUGUCUUUAUAUUUCUGUUUCUCAUUAUUAAACAUGGUAAAGCUUAAUUUUAACAUAAAGAAAACUUGACCUAAAAAUAAUGAUACAUUCUUUAAAUACAUUGACCCACUGUACCAUGGCAAUACAAGUCAUUAGUCUGAGAUAUGAUACCUGUGGACAUUUAACAUCUCAUGCCUUAUAAUAAAGGGGCUGUUGUUGACCCCCCCAAAUAUCUACAAAAUAAAUAACACACUAAAUAUCUGCUCCAAGGUAUCUAACCAUCAAUAGAAGCAUAAAUAAGACAGUUAUCUAUCCCAAAUUAUCCAUUUGUUUGGAAUAGACUUCCCUUGGCGGUGAAGUAAAGUAGAUUCCUGUCCAUCUUUAAGCAUAACCAAGAUGGGUGGAUGGCAACUAUAAAUACACCCUGGGUCUGGCCCCUCAAGCACUCACUGAAAUGGGUUGAGACUAAGUAUUAAUUAUUCUUGUCAAUAAGUAUGUAAGAUUUUGGAUAUUGUGGCUUGGCCACAAAUGGUCCACUGGAUCAAUAGCCUGAUAUUAAUCAAUGAACCCCGCAAGGGUAAUAAUGACACUAUGCAAAAUAUCCUGAUAAAAAGCAAAACAUAGGCAACUGUGGUAGUAAAAAUCCAAAUUGCCGACUAAGCUUUUUACAAAAAAAAAAAAACUUUAGGUUUUCCUUUUGUGGGUAUAUGUAUUUGUUAGCAAACUGCAGUCAUCAGUACAGAGAGAAUGAAUCAGCUUCAUUUAUUUCAUGUAUUGUAGCCUCAUUCCAUUUCUCCAUGCACAGUAUUCUAGGAAAGGACAUGGACUCCAUAAAUUAGGAUUAAAUGGAAAUAUCCAGUGCCCACCACAGCAGCAGCAGUCAUAAUUUAAUAAUCAUCUUCUUCUUUCGGCUUUUCCUGGUCAGGGGUCGCCACAGUGUAUCAUCUGUCUGCUCAUGAUUGGCAGUGGAGUUUUACGGUGUUGAGUUGCCAAUCCAGCGCCCAACCUUCCACAGAGAAGCUGGGGUUGGCAAGUUGGAGAAGUUAGAACUAAAUGUAUUUGAUAAUAUGUUUGCUCUAUCCUCAGGGUUUGAGUGACUGAUGUUAUUGUGUAUCAGUUGAAUGCAACAUUGGGCAUUAUUCCAAAGGUCCUAAUGUAGUUGAAGGAGAACUUAUAAUUGUCUUUGCUAGUGGUAGCAAUUUUCAGUUCAUACUUAGCCUUGGUGGGUUAGAUUCUUUGUUUACUUUCUAAGGCCACUUUUGGAACAAGAUGUUCUAAGUUUGUUUCUAAGACUGAGGAUUGUUCUGUUUAUUUGUUUAAAUCUGGCAUUGUACUUAUAAUGAUCUGUACUGAAGUUUCAAUGCAGAUAUUAGGAUGACCAUAGAAGCAAUUUGUAAAUGCAGUGGUACUGGCCAAAGACUCCUCAAGGUGAGUGGGACUUUUGAACCAUUUCAGAUCAUCAGUUAAUUGCAACAAAUUAGCCUUUGAGAAAUCCCUACUAUUGAUAGGGUUUGUAGGCAUGCUGGGUUUGGUCCCAAUGGUGAAGACCUGACUAAAGAUGGAGUAACUAGUAUCUGAAAUCACCAAAUAUAAUGGUAUCAGAUUCUACAGUGAAGAAGUCAAGGUUGUGUAGAUAUGCCUCUUGGGUAAUAGGUGUCAAUGAAGGGAUUAUUUACCUUGUCAGGAUAUGGUAGGGUAUCCUAUUUAUAGUUUUUAGGACUCGGAGGAGUUCCAGGCCAUAUAUGUCUACAUGUGUUGGAGUUACAGAAGAGUACAGACCAUACCUCUCAACCUCUUAUCCCAAGAAAUCUGGACAAAACCAAAAAUAGUGGAGGGACAAUGACCCAAAACUAGGGACAAAUUUUAAAAAUUCCUCUUAUAAACUUAGAAAGUUACUAGAAUAAAAGGUGUUGUAUUGCCAUGUAUUUUCUGGUGGAUCUGAAUUCUGUAAUUCAAAUGUCUGUCAUUAUUUAGUGAAUUCAGUCCUUUCAGAUUUACCAGAAAACUACAAAUUUUAGGAGGAACAGACCAAAAAUAUGAGGCAAAAAACUUAGACAUUCUGCAAAAAUCUGGGCAAUUGAGAAGUAUGGUAUGAACAUAUCACCACCACAUGAAGAUAUCUUCAGAAGUGGGUCUAAAUGAAUGGUAAACAUUGUAACCAGGUAGGAAGGGUAUGUUACCAGCAUGGUUUGGUGAUGGUGCAGAUGUCCAUAUUUUUAGGGACAGGAAGGAUUGUAAGGAAAGCAGUUUCUUGUUGCAACUAGUAGUCCUGAGCAGCACUACUUUUAGGUUAUAGGACAUUGCAACCACAAUCUCGACAUUCAUUACUCUAAGACAGACCUCUGCAGUGCCUUAUAAAAGUGGGGAAAAGGAUUUCAAGUAAAGUUAUCCAUUUUUACACCAUAUGGCUAAAACUAGAAGUCCCUUAUUACAUAUUUAAUAUCAUUUGAUCAGUACAGUAAGUCACACUUGAGAACAUUUAUCAAAUGGUUCUCUGAUGUGUAUUUAAAAGAUAAGAUGCUUUUGGUCAGUAGUUUUUUAUGUCACUAUAAACUAUACUGUAACAUUCCCAUCAUUAUUUCGUAUUCUUGCCAUUCAGUGGUGCUGGUCAUAAAUACAUUUUCUUCUCCUACCAUCAGCUGGUUCCUUUUUUCAUCCUACUGACCCUCACAUUGAUUGCAGACAUAACAUGAUACUCCAGGCCCAUUGCCCUUCAAUGCACUCUUAUACUUUCUAACUGAUAAGAACGGUAUGGCUGAUACUUAGGUCAUCAGAACUGUCCCACCACGGGAGACAGGGACUGUCUUUUUAUUCCUUACCUAAUGUGCCCCAUCUGUCAUGAACUAUAGACGUCUAUUCACCCUGAGUUCAUGAUUGGUGUGUACUUUACCAUAUGUGAUGUCUUAUCCCACCAUUUGAUGUUAUGAGGCCCCCAGCCCCACUACAGGAACUGUAACUGUAACUAAUCUCUUGCCAACCACCCACAGAAAGAUCAUCUUACAGGUCUGGUCCAUGAUGCUGUUAUGAGCAGUUGCCAUGAAUGUGUUCCUUUAAAUCAACUUGACUCUAUGCUUUGCUCUUCUUUUUUUCUGAGGCUACACCCUUCUGACAGUUUAUGACAAGAAUUCCGUUCAAUAUUUCAGCCACAAACUAUGACUGGCAAAAGUAGAGAUUAUGGACUAUGUUAGAGCAAAUGUACAGAACAAUACUGCUAUUGCAACCCUUGUUGAGAAUGCAGAUUUUCUCAUGAAUAUUUGUUCCUGUCCACUUAAACAUGGAUCAUUUGAAGGCAUAACAUUUAUUUUUUAUAAUGGGACCGUGACUACUGUUAGUCACCAAGCAUUUGCUGACUCCUUUAAAUUUUUUAACAUCUGUUCUAUUUGCACUUCCAAUUUCUUGGAAUGUCUUUUUGUUAAAAAAAAAAAUCAUUUCUAGUUUUAAAUGGCUGAGACGCAGUGUAGUAGAAAUUGUUUGUUCCAGUUUUGUGCUGAAGGUAUUUUGAUACAAGUGUGCUCACGCAGUAUGAAUGAUACCACCUGCCUAUUUUUGCAUAGUUGUGUAAACGGUAUUAUGAAUUUUAUUGUUUUAAUGUUUUUUGCAGUGUUCUGUAAAACUGUGGUAUUGACACUGUGCACUUCUGUACCUCUGUUUAUUUUAAUAAAGAUUUUUUUUAAAACAACAA